UCUUAAUUGGCACACCGUGUCUGCGCACGGCGAAGGGCACACAUUGCCGCGCGAAUCGCAAUAUAGCUUUCACGGGAGUCAGCGACCCAUUCAACGCAUGGGAACCUAAAUCUGUCUGUGACAUUUGGGGGUAUCAACGCGCGCCGACCCCGCCCCACGCCACCCAAACACCGUGCCGAGUGCACGCACCGUGCCAACGCAAAGCAGCCCUCCCACCAUAUUCGUGGGGCCAUCCUGCUAGUUGACCAUGGAAAUUGACCUAGAAAAGGAGCUGAAAGUGCGCCGUCGUAUAUUGGCCAUAUACAACAAGGACCGGGAUGACUUUGACAGCAAGGAGAAGUUCGAUGACUACCUGGAAGAAGUGGAGGACAUCAUUUGGCGGCUGUCCAACAAUGUGGAUAUCGAGCGCACCGAGGCGCAAGUGCGCAGAUACCGCUCAGCAAACCAGGAGCAAAUAAAUUCCAAGAGCGCACGCCAGGCGAACAUGGGUGCCGACCUGCAUGCGGCGGCUCUGGAUGCGAUCGCACUGGCAGCUGUUGCCGCGGCGAAGGCUGCUGCACCGUCCAUGACGGGCGGCCUGCCCAUGAUUUUACCCAAGCUGGCGCAGGACUACUCUGCCCUUCUGGAGGGCGGGCGGGAGGUGAAGUACGACUCCAAGGUGCUGGCCAAGUCAGGCUCGACAGCGGCCGCAGCUGGCGGCUGGAGCGCGAGUGUGUGGCAAUCCCGUCUGUCGAAGGAGGCUUUUUCGUCGCUCCUAUGGAGGUAUGCUGAGCUUACACCGACAUGAUGCAAAGACCAGGUCGCUGUUUAUGCACUUCGCACGAGCGCCUGCCAGAGCCAUCGGCAACUGCACGCUCGUGCGAAGGCAUUACGGCUAGCGAAGAGACAGUGUGACGUCUCCCAAGGAAUGUAGUACGGUAUGUGCGGUAUGGCGUUGGUGCAGGCGCUGGAUAGCUUGAGCCAUGCGUGUGCAGCUUUGAGUCAGGUAUGCCCAUUGAUGGGGUGUCAGUAAAAGCAAAUGCUGCUUCAUGUUGCUUAGCUCUACGCCCUUCAAGGUAAGAUAUGGCAAUGUGCAGUCUUUCGCAAAUGGCUAUCAUGGACGCGUGACGAUGCACCAACACACGAAACGCUUGGAGUGGAAACGGUGUGUUAAUUGCACUGUCUGCAAGACUUACUUUGCAUGCGUACUAGAGUGAAGAUGCGUUGUGAUAGAGUGCUGGGGCAAGGUAUGAGCACAGCGGGGUCCUAGAAUUGCGCCGUGAUUGCUGGGGGUUCUAAAUGUUGGGGCUUCUGAAUGUGUAUGUGGUGGCGGAGGGGGAGCGCACGUAACAAGACUGAGGCAGCCAUCCAAUUGGCCUGGAAAAAGUUCUUUGUAUACAGGAGUAGCUGGGGCAAGCGCUCCUGGCGCGCAUGAGAUUUUGAGGCCCCCGCCGGGGGCCCUUCCUUUCCGGGCUUCAAAGGACUCUGGUAGGCUUACGGCUUGACGGCCACCCGUUGCUUUGCCAACAACCUGUAGAAUAUGUGGCCGCAGCCAGGCAAGUUGCCUCAAAAGCCAUCUGAUGUAGUUCAGCAAUGUGUGCCAGUUUCCACACGGCGCCUAAAGGGGUGCUUUGGGCCUUUGCCCUUUGGGGCCUCGACCCGUCCCCGGAAAGGGUGCUUUGCGCAAGGUGGUAGCAUGUUUGGGUUGGCUUGCCCCUUCCCCCGAAGGGGGAGGGGCAAUAGCCAUUGCGGUCGCAUCGAGCUCGCCGCGGGGGGCCCUCCCGGUUAUUCCAGUUUUGAGUUGAGUUAUAACCUUGAAACCCGAGCGCAGCGAAAUUUGUCGUGCAAAUAAUGCGCCUUUCUAUGUAUGUAUUGCAAAGCGUAACUUUA